UGAUCUUUAUUUUAAAUUUAGCAAGAUAUACAAGAAGAAAGUAAACCAACUAAAGUUGAAUAUGCUAUUGCCAAAUAUCUUAGAGACAAGCUUCCUGCAAAAAAGACAACACUUCUCAGUCAUAAAGUAGAAUAUUUCAUUGCUUCAAAAGCUAUUGAUUGUUUGAUGGACUCACCAUGGGCUAAAAGUAAGAAGAUGGAAGCUAAUUUCACAACAAGAGAAUCAAUUGUGGAGUUCAUGGAUAACAUGCUAAGGCACAAAUUUUUUCAUCGUGCAAAGAAAAUUGUUGUUCAGAAAGAUAGUAAAAAGAAAAAAAAAGAAAAGGAUGAAGAAACUAAUGCUGGAAGUGAAGAAACAAAGGAGAAAGAAAAAAAAUUGAAAGAGAAGGAGAAAAAAAGUAAAUCAGAAAAAGAAGAAAAGGCUGACACUAAAAAGGUAAAAUAAUAAGAUACAUUACAGAAAGAACAGUAUAAUUAAAUUGAACCA